CAGCUGCAGGUUGAGCUAAUGUCCUUUAUUUCUGGCGAGCACGGGGGUAAGUCUCCAACUGCUCCACCUGCCAAAGCCCAGGACCUGUUGAAGAACCCCGGGACGAAUGUGACAGCAGAGACCCCAUGUGCGGACCCAGUAAGUGCAUGUCUUUGUGAUUCCUUUACCAUGACUCUUUGUAGGUUUCAUGAAUGGCCAAUUGUUGUAUAGAUGAGCGGAAGCUAUUUGUGUCAAGAUGUACACACUGAUGUGAUGAAUAAUCAGAAUCAGAAUAGUUUUUAUUGCCAUUGUUUGAGAACGGGUUCACACUUGGUGCAAUCGUGCAACAUAAAACACAUAUAACACAGAAGAGAAUAACAUGAGCUGUAACGGAGCUAUCGGAUCUUAUUAUUAUUCAUGUGCCUGAUGGCUGAGGGGAAAACAUUGUUAAGGUGGCGGGAGGUGUAGGUCUGGAUGGACCGUAGUCUCCUGCCUGAGGGGAGAGGGGAGAAUAGUUUGUGUCCAGGGUGAGAAGAGUCAGCUGUGAUCAGACCCACACGCCUCCUGGUCCUGGAGGAGAACAGGUCAUGGAGGGAUGGGAGUUUGCAGCCAAUAACCUUCUCAGCAGCACGUACGAUGCGCUGCAGUCGAUGCUUGUCCCGGACUGUGGCGCCGGGGAACCACACGGUGAUGGAGGAGGUGUCGCCUACAUUGGAUGAAGCCUCUGCUGAUUUGAUUUCACCCUUUGAAAUGCUUGACAUGGAGCCUGUCGCCCCACCUUACCAAGUGGUGCAGCCUCACUGGUUCUUCUGCAGACGCACCGAUGACAACACCUACUGGUCCCCUUUUAGCAGAGAAGACUCAGACAAAUUGGAGAACGCCUACAAUACAGGAGGCGAUCGGUGUGAGGUGGUGGUGACUGUUGAAGGGGAGCGCUAUGACGUACACGUCAAGGAGAGGAAGCGCUAUGCUGUAUACUGGGAACAAGCUCCCACUGAAGUCCGCCGAUGCACCUGGUUCUACAAGGGAGAUAAAGACAUCAGGUUCAUGCCAUAUCCUGAAGAUUUCAGCAAUAGUCUUGAGGAGGCCUAUAUGAUCUCGGUUACUUUAGAUGAGUGGAAAAGGAGGCUGGAUUUCGCCACAGGAGAGACUGUCAUUUUACACAAUCCCAAGCUGAUAAUGCACUAUCAGCCAAUAGGCAUGCAGGAAGACUGGGUCUCCUCGCCAUCGGAGCAUACUCGUCCUAGAACAGUCAAGCGAGGAGUUGACAACAUUGCUGUGGAAAUACCAGAUGGUGAACCAGAAAAGGUGGAUCACCUUGUAUUUAUGGUCCAUGGCAUUGGUCCAGCAUGUGACUUGCGCUUCAGAUCCAUCAUACAGUGUGUUAAUGACUUCCGCAGUGCUUCACUUUCCCUCCUGGCCUCUCAUUAUAAGCAUGCUCAGCUGGAAGGGAAAGUGGGCAGAGUGGAGUUCCUUCCUGUGAACUGGCACAGUGCUCUACAUGGGGAUGCUACAGGUGUGGAUGAGGAUAUCAAUAAGAUCACUCUGCCUAGCAUCAGUAGACUAAGACAUUUCACGAAUGACACCCUGCUGGACCUGUUUUUCUAUAACAGUCCCACCUAUUGCCAGACAAUAGUGGACACUGUGGCCUCAGAGAUCAACAGACUGCACACUCUCUUUAAACAGAGACAUCCAGCGUUCAAGGGGGACAUUUCUGUUGUGGGCCAUAGCCUUGGUUCAUUGAUACUGUUUGACAUGUUAACCAACCAGAGAACUGGUUCGCAAUCUUCCAGUAACAAGAUUCAGGCUGAUGACCCAUGUCAUCCAAAACACGACUCAUUGGCGCAGACUCUCACCAGACUUGGCUUGCAGCAAUACCUGCCAACAUUACAGGCAGAAAACCUGGAUCUGGAAUCACUGGCUCUUUGUCAAGAAAAUGAUCUCAAAGAUAUAGGAAUUCCUCUUGGACCCCGGAAGAAGAUCCUGAAAAAUGUCAGGAGGAAAUGUUUUUCAGAGGAUUACAAAGCAACACGGCAGCCACAAGGUCUGGGAGAUCCGCUUCAAGACUCUCUUUCCAGUGAGGACAAUGGUAAUCCGUCACCAGGAUCGGAGGCACAAAAGGCCCAGUUACACAGAACACAGUCCAUCACCAGCUCCGUAGACUAUGAAUAUUUCAACAUGGGCAUUGGACAGACCAGUGGAGGCAUAGCCAAGGGACAGGUAUCCAUUGAUUACCCACAGCUGGCAUUCCACCCGCAGACAUUUUUUGCAUUUGGAUCUCCGAUUGGAAUGUUCCUGACUGUCCGAGGGCUUAAACGAAUCGAUCCCAACUACAGCUUUCCAACGUGCAAGAGCUUUUACAAUAUAUAUCACCCGUUUGACCCUGUCGCUUACCGGAUUGAACCCAUGAUUAUUUCAGAAGUUGAUCUAGAGCCAAUGCUAAUUCCCCACCACAAAGGCCGUAAGAGGAUGCACUUGGAACUGAAAGACAGCUUGACUCGCAUGAGCAUGGAUUUGAAGAAUAACGUACUGGGGUCAUUACGGACGGCUUGGCAGUCCUUUUCUAGAUUACCUGUUGCUGCACUGCCCCCGGUGGAUGAAGGAGAAACCACAAUAGAUGGAAACUCUCGGGAAACACAGGCCUUAGAUGAAGUUUGUGCGCCUGCACAGACAGGAGAAAAAACUGGUGACUUUUGGACAAAAGUAAUUGCGUGGCCCUGGGCCCUUCAUAGACAAUACUUCCAAGCAGAGAACGCGGAAGCAGAGUACACGACGGGGUCAACGGAGCAGUCGGAGCAAGCAGAGCAGCCUGAGAUAAAAGUGGGAAUGUUGAACGGAGGACGACGAAUCGACCAUGUGCUGCAGGAAAAACCAAUAGAGAGCUUCAAUGAAUAUUUGUUUGCAAUUCAGUCCCAUCUAUGCUAUUGGGAAUCCGAAGACACAGCACUACUGCUGCUGAAGGAGAUCUACGACAAGCUGGAUGUGACCUUCGAACAACCGCAGCAGUAAUUACAAAUUUCUCAAUAAAUCUCACUUCAGUAACUGAGUGAGUACAUAAAGGACAGCUGACAAGGUUGUGCAGUCCUCUCCCAGAAUGCCUUACUCGUUAGUCAGGUGAUCUCUGGUUCUGUCAGACAAUAUUUCAGUCACCACAAAAGUGGAGUUGGUGUCUAAUUUAUAGAUUCCGUCAUGCUGCGUCUUGCACUAGGCCGUCUUUUAAGCACUUCUUUAUUGUUUUCUUACUUUGCACUUUUAUUGUUUUCAACAAUAAUGCACAGUUACAGUGCAAGUAAAGAAUGUGGAUGAUUUUUAUGUUGAAACUUGAUGAUCAGUAUGGAAAUGGUUGCAGAGUUAGAUUUAUUGUAUAGUAGAAGGAGGUCAAACUCCCUAACCAAGGGACCAUUCCCUUAUCCUAUAGCUUUAUGAAUAGCAAUUAUGUUGUUUUGGUUGUCUGAAAGUUGUUUGUAUAUUCAGCAAAGUCAAGGUUUGCUGUGUCUGUAAAAGUUUUCCUGGCAGUCACCAUCCCAAAGAUCGAAAAGAUGCUGCUCCAAUAAUGUGCAAUUUUAAAGAUAAAAUAUUGAAGUCACUAAUUUUUCAUGAGCUUUAAUCAUAUAUUUGUGUGUUAUUUGUGUCAUCAUAUUCACAAAAAUGUGUGAAGCAAUUCAGCCUAACAAUAGAUAUGUAAUUGUGUGCCGUUUGGGUGCUGUUUUUGGUAAUCUAGUUUAGCAUUCUCCAUUGUAUAUUAAGAUAUUUUUCAAAUACAGCUUAAAAAGGGCCAAAUUUAACUUUUUGUUUCUGUCCUUUGCACCAAUGCCCUGUACAGUUAUAGUUUGUAUUAGAUGUACAAGCCUCUCAAUAUAUUGCAUUUCCCAUGUAGUUUACAAAUCUUUCAUUCUUUAUGCAAAGUACAGUGUGUGCAGCUAUGGUUGCUGCUUUGUCAUUUAUUUGAGUAAGAGCUCAGUCACCAACAACUUUUGAAGCUAAUCAAAGAUUAUUGUUUAUACAGCAGCUAACAAAUAUUCAUAUUUUAUGUCAUUAAAAUGAGUUUUUGUAUACUGCAAUAUUAACCAGAAAAUAGACUGAUGCCAUGUUCAACACAAUUUAUGCAUACCAAUAAAACAUAAUGCCCUGGUUUUUGCAUGUCACAAACGCACACAAUUUAUGUGAAACAUAUACUGUACUGUACUACACUCUCCAAGAAAAGCACUUAAAUAUUUGACAAAAAAAGAAUACCUGUUUACCUCUUGUGUGGCUAAUAAAUGCAUUUCUGGUAUUCCUUAAAUAUGUCAGUAUUUUUUUUUCUACAAUUGAAAACUAUACAAACUACAGUAUGAGUGAAUGUAGGAUUGUAAUGUAAAAUGUAUACCACAAAUUUACAACAUUUACAGACAAAUAAUGUUAUGUAAUAAACCUAUGUAGAAGCUCUUCAAUAUAAUUGUUAAUCAUUAUUUUUUAAAUGUACUUGUAUACAAUUUUUUUUUUAAAACACGUUACUUUUUGAUUAAGAUGUCAAAUCCCAAGUUAAUUACUUACAUUCCUGAACAAAAAAUAAAUGUGUUAGCUUUUAUUCGGGAAUAUAUUAGCGUUUUAGGUUAUGUGGGGAAAAAUAACUGUUUAGUUAUUCCCGUUUCUUAGUUGCCCAACAAAUAAAAAAAACUGUUAAAUGUUCAUUUGUAUUUAAAAAAAAAUUUUAAUAUGUGGAAAAGCGGUAAGGGUAAUGAAAGGUACAAAAUAUAUUUUAAAAAGUCUAAUUAACUAAAGCUUUCACAAUGCUCUGUUGAAGACCUGCUCCAAUCAAUGUUAAUACAGGUUGCCCAUUUAACAAUGAAAAAAUGUCAUCAAAUAUGUCUGUCCCAUUUAUUUACUUUAUAAAAUGUAAUCUUAAUCUGUGUGCUAACCAUGUUUCUGUGUACAAACGUCAUUAAUUUUGUGUCCCGCUGCCAGCCAUUUUGUGCAUGAUCGUAUUGAAGAGAUUGAGGACGCAGUCUUUGUACCACAGCAAUUUUUUAAUUGUGAUGAGUACGGACUUUUCUGGAAAAUAGAUGCCAAAGAGGUCUUAUUUCACAUCGUCUGAGAAGCCUAACUCUCGUUCAGCGGCAGCUCUUCCAAGGCACAAACGGCCUCUCCAUUUUCUCUCUUUGUCUGGCUCAUGAGGACCUUUGCCACUAAUGUUAUGUAAGUGGAUUUUACUUUUAAAAUUUUUUAUUAUUGUAGCAAUAUGGUUGUUAAAGUAGGAUUUUUGUGAUUUCUGAUUGUUUGUAAGGCACCAAUGUGUUGGCAAAGCGGCACAUACAGGACAGUUCAGCUUGUUUUUUGUUGUUUUGGCU